AUGGAGAUUGCAGGAUCGCAGAGACGAGAGUGCGCUUCCUACCAUACCUGCCUAUCACGAGAAUGGCACUGCGUGUCGAGGCCCGUGAAAGAGUCCCAAGAUCAACAUGAACGCUUCUUCUGCCAUCUCCUGCGCCUCGCUACAAUCUGCAAACCUGAGGCGCGGUUAGCGCUGGUUUCGUGCAGCUUUCCUUUCCCUAGGGGUUACACGCAGCUCGGACUCGCCGUUGGUGUAACUAUGUCACAGCAUUAUGCGGUUCAUGAGAUACAGCAUGGUCUGUUCACGAGGAGCUUUACAGGAGCAGCUUCUCAUGCCGGGCGGUUAAUUGCUCCCAACAAAAUUGCAGGGGCGUAUAAUCACGUUGUUCAUCUUGUUUAUCUAUUCAGUAACACCUCUGGUGACUUCUGA